AUGGAAAAUGUGUUGCCCAAUUGUCACGACGCCUACAACUCCUUGGACAACAACGCCUCCAGCGACUUGCCCAGACGGCAGCCCGGUCGGAUCAUGUUAGUUUAGCUUUUGAAGCAUGGGGAUAACGGGAUUUUCCUGUUUGUGCUAUUGGUUUUCUUUCAGCCUGCGCUCUCGGUGUUUGUUCACCACUGAGCAAUACAGAGUGUACCACGGUAGCCGGAAAGAAAGUCUGCUGUAAGUUUCUCCGUUGAGUAGUCUUAUUUCUUACAGGUCCUAUAAUUACUACCACAACUACACCUUGGACAACAACACCACCAGAGACAUGUCCAGAUGGAAGCAAGGGGAGCGUUCGUACGUUUUUUAGUUUCAAAUUUUAACAAUGGUCCUAGCCUGUCCGCUAAAUGUAUGCCCUCCAUUAACCAAUACGCAAUGUACAGCAGUAAACGGAUGGAAGAUGUGUUGCCCAAUUGUCACGACGCCUACAACUCCUUGGACAACAACGUCUCCAGAAACUUGUCCAGACGGUAGUCCGGUCGGAUCAUGUUAGUUUAGCUUUUUAAACAUGUCAAUAAUAGGGGUUUCCUAUACAUGCCAACGGUUCUCUUUCAGCUUGCGCUCUCGGCGUUUGUUCACCGUUAAGCAAUACAGAGUGCACCACAGUGGCCGGAAAGAAAGUCUGCUGUAAGGUUGUUUGUCCAGUAGUCUUAUUUUUAUAGGUCCUGUAAUUACAACCACAACUACGCCUUGGACAACAACUCCACCGGAAACAUGUCCAGAUGGAAGCAAGGGAGGCGUUCGUACGUUUUUCUGUUACAAUUUUUGACAUUGUCUUUAGCUUGUCCGUUAAGCGUAUGCCCUCCAUUGACCAAUAGCCAAUGUACAACAGUUAACGGUUGGAAGGUAUGUUGCCCAAUUGUCACAUCAACGACCACACCAUUCACAACACUGUCAACGACACCGGCGACUACAAAAGCGCCCGAAACAUGUCCCGAUGGAAGUCAGCCUGGCUCUUGUAGGCAUCAUUUGUAUUUAUCGAUUUUUUGAAUGAUUGAUUAAAAACGUUCUCCUUUAGCCUGUGCGCUGGGCGUAUGUGCACCAUUCAGUAACACAGAAUGCACCACGGUUGCUGGAAAGAAAGUUUGUUGUAAGUUACUGGAGCACUCACACUUUUCUGUAGGUCCUAUCACAACAACAACCACAACGCCAGGAACUACGACAAUGACCACGCCUUGGACAACGACGAGUUCCGAAACUUGUCCAGACGGAAGCGCGGGAACUAUACGUAAGAUAUAAUCCUGUUUUUUUUUUUAUUAUUCUAUUCCAUUUCUUCACCUGAUGUCUUUAGCCUGCCCAUUGAGUGUGUGCCCACCGCUAACCAACACCCAAUGCACAAAAGUUAACGGAUGGAAGAUAUGUUGCCCUGUUGUAACGACCCCUUCGACGUCAUUCACAACCCCAACAACAACUGCUGCGUCUACCACAAGCCCGGACACCUGCCCGGAUGGAAGUCCACCGGGAACUUGUAGGUUUUCUGCUGAAAAUUCAAAUUUUCGUAUAUUCAUUCUUGAUAAAAACCGAGUCCCUUACUAAUCUUUUUCAGCAUGUGCUUUGGGAGUGUGUGCGCCGUUCAGCAAUACGAAAUGUACAACUGUCGCUGGAAAGAAGGUUUGCUGUAAGUUUCUGACACUACUUUUGUAUCAAGACCAUUUACUAUUUUAGGUCCUAUUACAACAACAACGCCCCAAACGACCACACCAACAACCCCAUGGACAACGACGUCUUCUCCGACUUGCCCUGACGGUAGCGCGCCGGGUUCUUGUAAGUUAUGAGGCGUGAUAUGGCAACAGGCUUUUCAGCGUGCCCGCUUGGUGUUUGUGCACCGUUCAGCAAUACACAGUGUACAUCUGUCGCCGGAAAGAAGGUUUGCUGUAAGUGAAAAAGUAAAUCUUUUAUUUUGUUACCAGGUCCAACAAUUGUCACCACCACCACACCCAUAAGUACCACUUCAUUGACAACUUUGUCCACAAUUCCACCACAAACCUGUCCAAAUGGUGGAUCUGGAAAUAUACGUGAGUAAAAUCUGUCCAAAACAUGUAGCAAAUUCUAGCAUGCCCCAUUGGAGUGUGCCCUCCUUUCACAAAUACAGAGUGCUCAAUGGUAAAUGGCUGGAAGGUUUGCUGUAAGUGCUGCCCCUAUUUUACAUCAACACCGUUUUUAGGUCCUAUUGCAACAACGUCGACGACACCACAAACAACCACACCAACUACCCCAUGGACAACAACGUCUUCCCAGACUUGCCCUGAUGGUAGCGCGCCGGGUUCUGGUAAGUUAUGAGGCGUGCUAUGGCAAUGGUCCUUUCAGCGUGCCCGCUUGGUGUUUGUGCUCCGUUCAGCAAUACACAAUGCACAACAGUCGCUGGCAAAAAGGCUUGCUGUAAGUUCACAAAUAACAAACGGAUGUACCGAAAUUUAAGGUCCAAUCGUGUCAACUCCAACGACACCUUGGACAACCACACCGUCAGCAACUUGCCCAGGCGGCAGUCCCCCUGGCUCAUGUAAGUCAUUGUUUUCAGUCUUCUAUUCAUUUUAAGCAUGCCCUCUCGGAGUCUGUGCUCCGUUCAGCAACACUCAAUGUACAUCCGUCGCGGGAAAGAAGGUUUGCUGUAAGUUGUGAAAAUUCUCUUCAUCUAUUCAUCGUUUUUUUUGCAGGCCCAAUUCUCACGACAACUAGUACUCCUGUAACUACCACCCCAACCACUCCGUGGACAACAACCACAGCCAGUACCUGCCCAGACGGCAGUCAACCAGGAUCUUGUAGGUUCAAAAUCGAAGCCAUUUCACAAGCUUUCAGCGUGCCCGCUGGGUGUUUGUGCUCCAUUCAGCAAUACACAAUGUACAAGUGUCGCUGGAAAGAAGGUUUGCUGUAAGUUUCUGAACUACUAUUAUAUCAAGGCCAUUAAUUGUUUUAGGUCCUAUUACAACAACUUCGACUACACCUCAAACGACCACGCCCCCAUGGACAACAACGGCUUCCCAGACUUGCCCUGACGGCAGCGCGCCGGGUUCUUGUAAGUUAUGAGGCGUGAUAUGGCAAUAGUCUUUUCAGCGUGCCCGCUGGGUGUCUGUGCUCCGUUCAGCAAUACACAAUGUACAACUGUCGCCGGAAAGAAAGUUUGCUGUAAGUGUCAUUAAAACAUUGUUUCGUCAUCAGGUCUUACUCUUUCUUAUUUGAUAAUUUGUAGGCCCCAAAUCAACUACGACAAUUUCAAGUACAGCAACUACUACUGGCACUACCGCUUCGACCGCAACUGGGACGACAGCAACAACAAUUUCUACCGCCAGUACCGGAUCAACAGCAUCGCUUUCUACAGGAUCUACGAUUUCAACGCCUACGGGCUCUACAACUACUCCUGCCCCUACAUGCCCGGACGGUAGUUUGGUGAAGCUGCGUAUGUUUGUUAUGAAUACUAUGUAGUUUGAUCAUUUUUCCUCUUACAAAAAUACGAUUUCAGCCUGCCCAACGGGUUAUUGCCCAGCACUGCUAAACGCUGACUGUGUGAAGAUCAGCGGCCUGCCUUUUUGCUGUAAGUGUUUUGAGAUCUGUAGGGAGCGGCUCAAAUGUUUGCCUUCCACUGUAUUUUUUCAGGCCCACAGACAACUACAACCACGCCAGGGACUACGAUAACGACUGUGUCGAGCUCUACAGCAUCCACGGCAACAUCAGGUUCGACCUCAACGCCUUUUACCAGUACCACCGGCUCAACGACAACGCCGGCGCCCUCUUGUCCUGAUGGAAGCAUUGUAAAAAUGCGUAAGAGUAGCUAUAGAUAUAAGAUGAAAUUAAUAUAUUUCAAAUCAUAAAAAGUGUUUUCGUUUCUUUCAGCGUGUCCGACGGGAUACUGCCCAGCAAUGUUAAAUGCGGAUUGUGUAAAAAUAAGUGGACUUCCUUUUUGCUGUAAGUUUAGUAUUGAGAAUCAUUGUGCGUUUUCCAUUUAACAGGCCCGAGACCCACAACAACCACAAGCGGAACGUCCACAACGUCGGCAACUUCACCGACAACGCCAACCUCGCAGACUACCCCUACAACGCCAAGCACACCGACGACUCCAACUACUCAAUCCACUCCAACUUCGCCAACUACUCCGACCACAGCGAGCACAGCAAGCACGCAGACCACAGGGUCAACUCCAACCACUCAAACCACUGCAUCAACGCCAAGUACGCCGACAACAGCAUCCACAGGAACUACAGCAACUACACCGACCACACCAACUACGCCGACUACGGCUACAACUCCGACAACGGCUACAACUCCGACAACAGCUACAACUCCGUCUACACCCGCAACUCCCACAACGCCGACCACACCAACUACUCCGACUACACCAACAACACCAAGCACGCCGACAACACCAAGUACACCGACCACAGAAACAACACAAAGCACGCCGACAACACCAAGCACUCCGACUACACCAAGCACACCAACUACUCCGACAACACCAACAACACCAAGCACUCCGACAACAGCAUCAACUCCAACAACUCAAACCACUCCAUCAACACAAAGCACGCCCUCUACUCCAUCUACAUCGACUACACCAACUACACCAAGCACAACAGCAUCAACUCAAACCACUCCAUCAACACCAAGUACGCCGACAACUCCAACAACUCCAUCAACACCGACAACACCAACUGA